UAAGAGUUUUGGUGCUUUUCGUUUUAAGUAAAUAGUAAGUUUUGUUUAUAAAAUUGUUACUAACGAGUUUUACAUCAGUUAAUCAAGAUGAUAUUAACAACGUUAUGUUUUCUACUUGCUGUUAUAAAUUACGGCUGGGCGCAAAAUCCUAAUUGUGAUUUUACACAAAAUGUGCAAGCAAACCGCGUGUACUACGUGUACAGUCCGGGCUAUCCCCGCAACUACACACCGGGGGUACAGUGCCGGUGGAUCGGUAUCUGCCCCGCUGGGUACAACUGCAGACUCGACUGCCCCGAAGUUAAUCUGCCCCAGAGCAACAUGUGUUCAAUGGACCGCCUGCUGAUAUCAAGAACUGGAGACCCUCAGCUGUCUUCUUCAGAGUACUACUGCGGUCGAGGAACUCUCAGCGUCACUUCAGUCGCACAGAGAUUGUCAAUCGGUUUGAUAUCGUCGUACUAUAGUCCUGGAGGACGUUUCUACUGUCAGCUGACAGCACAGCGAGCCGCGGUAACACCUACACCUUGCCGCUGCGGGUACAAGAAGUCGAACCGUAUAGUGGGAGGUCAGGAAACAGGCGUGAACGAGUUCCCCAUGAUGGCUGGUGUGGUGUAUGCUGACAUCAGACAGAUUAAAUGCGGAGGAGUCAUCAUCAGCGCCCGGCAUGUGCUGACAGCAGCUCACUGCGUCAUCAGAAGAACUGUCAAUGAUAUUGCUGUUGUUGUCGGAGAACAUGACGUUAAUACUGGAGACUCGCCAGCCACGCAGGGCUUCAGGGUCGUUGACAUCAGGAUACAUCCGUUAUACAAUUUGUCAAACUACGACAACGAUAUAGCAAUUCUCACUCUGCAGCAGGACAUAGUGUUCAGCGACCGCGUGGGUCCUGUCUGUCUGCCAUUCAAGUUCAUAAAUAAUAAUUUUGCUGGAGACAAAGUUACCGUUCUAGGUUGGGGCACGCUGUUCCCCGGCGGGCCGACCUCCAACGUGCUGCAGAAGGUGGACCUGGAUGUGAUCAGUCAGACGACCUGCCGCCGCUCCGAGCCUCUGCUCACACCACGACAGAUGUGCACUUACACGCCCGGCAAGGACUCUUGUCAGGAUGACUCCGGUGGUCCUCUCCUAUACACAGACCCGUCUAACGGUCUUCUAUACGGCGUUGGUCUCGUCAGUUACGGCACUUUCUGUGCGUCAGGCUCUCCCGCUGUCAACACACGUGUCACCUUAUUCUUGGACUGGAUCGUUGCAACCACACAGGCUGAUUUCUGCAGGAUAUAAUAGAUUAUUAUUA